AGUAGCUCAAGCUGCACAACUCAUUUCGGAAUAUUUAGCUCAAAAUUAAGGAGUUAUCAAAAGAGAAGAACAAAAUCGGAUCAUUCCGAACAUCCGACAAUAGCCGCCAUAUAACAUAACAGGAGCAGAGAAAUGAAUCUAUUGCGCAACCUGCGAGCUUUAUUCAGUGAGUUCUUCUACCAGAAUUAUCCACUCAUCUCCAUUUGCAGCUGCUUUGUGGCAUUGCUAACGGCCUAUUUGCACUAUGAGUGGAAGGUGCACAACUAUGAUCUCAUGUCCUGGAAGCAACUCAGUGAGGCAUGCCACGUCACGGACAUUGAUUUCGUUCAACUCUGCUUCCUGCUCACGAUACUCGUCAUCAACGUCAUCUUUGUGGGCCUCAUCAUUGGCGCCUAUAUGCAUCCUUUGGGGCAACGCGACACGGAGUUAACCCUGCUCGAGAUCAAGGAUCGCUUCUCCCGAUUCAUAUUGUUGCGGCUCAUUGCUCGACUCGAUCGCAUCCAGGGCAAGAUGGCGGCCAAGCGGAAGAGUCUCAACUUCCAUCACUUUGCGAGAUCUCAUCACAGCAUGGUCAAGGCGGUGGCCGUGUUCCGCAAGGAUGCCAGGAAGCUUCUGCUGCCCAACGAGUCGGAGAUUAUGCAACCGAUCGAGGAUAUCUAUGGAGUGGCCGAUGACGAGGAGCGAGCUCUGCGACGAGAUGGAUACUACAAGCUACCCAUUGAUAUCACCGAUGCCACCGUCAAGUGUCUUUUCAGCGCUCAAUGAGGGGUCUACUCAUACCGAUAGCUAUCGAUUACCAACGCUUGCAACUGCAAUUGAAAUUCCGAUUUUGUUUAUAAUUCAUUGCAAAUAAAAAAUCUACUUCGAUAACUAUCGAAUAGUUGCAACUGCAA